UUUAUAUAUAUAAGUCAAUUCAUUUUAGUCAAAUAAGAUUUAAUUUUAUUUUAUUAUCUUCCUUAAGCGCGAAAAUCCAAAAAAUCGUCCAAAUAAAAAUACUUUGUGUACUUUCUGCCCAAAAUGAAAUGUUGGAAUCGGUUUCAUACACAUUUUGUCCUUAUUUAAAGGAAGUUUUUUACAUUUUCUUUUUCCUUGGAAGACUUCAAUAUUAAUAUUUUUGGCAUACAAUUUUUGCCAAGUGCAGCGAGGCUAGAGGGAAUCGAGUGUGGCAGCGAAAGAACAGUAACAUCGACAACUAUUGCCAAUUAGCGGCAACAUGCAAAGCGCAUUUGCAUUGAACCUGGAGCUCUCUGUUCUGCCUGCUGGCGAUGACACCGUUGGCAACAACUGAGCACUGAGCUGGAAAACGUAAUCAGUUCAAGUCGCGGUACGAGAUUAGCUGCAGGUAAGGUAUAAGGUACAAAGGUAUAAAGUAUAUGCCCCCCAGCCAUCCGCCCAGCUAAUUGAGCUCUUCAGUUACAAUAUGCGGCAAUAAAUUCUGGAUUUUUGCAUACCUGCCCGCUGGGACAUGGGCUUGGAAAAGCCGGGAAAUGCAGAUCGAACUACCUGACUGACUUAAAAGUCGCCCGCACACGCACUGAUUGCGUCAUUUGGCCUCAAACCAGCGACGAGAGCGUUUCGAUUUGCAUAGCAGCCAAAGGAACCAGAGACGAGAAGAUACAUUUUAGCAGAAAUGCCAGACUAUUCGAGCAGCGGCAACUCCCAGAGGGCUGAGAAAUCCGUGAGCUAUGCCUUGUAUCUCCAUCGGCGGGAGUUGGGGCGCCCCAAACGGCGGCUGAUGCGCAUCUGCAGCACCAAGUUGCAGCUGACGAAUGAGCUCAUCCAGCUGCAGCAGCGACGUCAAUGGGAGACGGCCUUUGACCUCGAGUUCGACGCGGAGGCCAGUUCCCAGCAGAUGAAUGCCCUGGACCGGGAACGCGAGUACCGCGACAGGUUGCAGAACAAUAUGCGGCGGCAACUCGAGAAGCAGCAGAAACGCAAGCGAAAGUAUCUCCAGGAAAUCGGCAAGCUAUAGGCUAUAGUCUAUGGUCUAACGCGGAAGUCAUUAAUUUAAUUGAGGACCAUAUUUAGUGAUUUUAAGAACGUGAUAACUUGAAUAGACAACCAAGAAAAUCAAGACUCUUUACUACACACUUAUCUAAACUCUCAUCUAAAGAUGAUUGUUUAGAAAUAAAAUUUUUUGUGAUAUAAAAAAUAACAUUAAGAUUUUAAAUAAAAUGCAAUAUAAUUUUGUAUACAAACAUAUAAUUAAUUUUUUUAGUCUUGAUGAUUUCUAAUCAUCAUUAUUUCAAACCAAAUAAGGCUUUUCUUUGUUUUUCAAUUUAAAGAAUUUGCCAUAUGUGUGCAAAGCCAAUUAGGAAUUACUUAAGAAAAAUUGGCACCUUGAGAAACAUAUUCUUAUUCCCAUGGAGACAUUUUUUUUCAAAUCUAGGCCAGUGACUUUAGGCUAGUUUUAGCCAACCGAAAUAAAGUACCAUAAAUCAGCAAAAACCCGUGUCCCUGUGCGACUCCCACAACUCAAGAGAUUGGGACUGAGACAAGCAAGAGUGUUUGACUUUUGACACUCUUUCCUAGGCGGUAAAGGUGGAAACGACUGUCAAGUGCAGGAUAAAGUGCAACAUGAUGACCGAAUGGCGACUUAAACAUACCUAGUAAUAAACUUUGCAUACUAAUAUUUACCAGAUAAAAUAUAAUUAUAUUUCCCUCAAACAACCACUAUAAAUAUAAAGCAAUAAAUUUAAUAUUUAUUAUCCAGUUUGUUGUUUGUUUGCUGACAGCAGAAAAGUUAACUCGAAAACUAUUAUAUUUACAUUGCAAUUAUACUUUAAAGAAUCAUUAUUAGUCAAUGCCAUAAGCUAUAAAUUAUCAAAAUAACUAUUUUAUCUCUUAAUACACAGAAUAAAGCCUUAUUUUUAUUUUGAUGUGAAAAUUUAAGUCAGAGGAAAGAAUAUAAAAUGUUGUUUUGAUUUAA